AUGUACAAUCGAACAAUUGGUCCAUUUUUCUUCAACGAGGCAACAAUUACUGCAGAUGUUUACCGCAACCUUCUGACCGAAUAUGUGGCACCACAACUGAUUGAUUUACAACCAACCAUUAUUUUCCAGCAAGAUGGUGCACCACCACAUUGGGGACGGCAUGUUCGUCAGUUCCUCAAUCAAACAUUUCCAGACAGAUGGAUUGGAAGAGAUGAACCAAUUCCAUGGCCACCGCGUUCGCCAGAUAUCACUCCAUUGGACUUCUUUUUAUGGGGUUAUGUAAAAGAUAUCGUGUAUCAAACAAAGAUACGGGACAUUGCUGACUUGAGGCAAAGGAUUCGUAAUGCCAUUGCCACUGUUGAUGAGGCUAUCCUACAGCGAACAUUGCAAGAAACCGAGUACCGUCUUGAUGUGCUUCGCGCAACUAAUGGUGCCCAUAUUGAGGUCUAUAAAAUAACAGUUUAA